UUUCCAUAGAACCAUUCAUUCAAAUUUCUUCGUUGUGGAAGGUUCUCUGGUACCGAAACUUAUAAAAAUAUUUGAACGAUUUCAGAGGUCUCCUCACUCGUGGUCUGUAACUGUUACUUCCUUCACUGAUCACUGCAAGAAGUUCUCAUCAGACUCUCAAUCUUUUUCUGAAAUUUCAUAAUGUCUCAACAGAUCAGCCUCCCUGCCAAGCUGAUUAAUGGUGGUAUUGCUGGCAUCGUUGGGGUCACUUGCGUGUUUCCCAUUGAUUUGGUCAAGACCAGACUUCAGAACCAGAGACCAGGCCAGCAAGUCUACAAGAGCAUGAUUGACUGCCUCAUCAAAACAGUGCGAUCUGAGGGAUACUUUGGCAUGUAUAGAGGUGCUGCAGUUAAUCUUACACUGGUCACUCCUGAGAAGGCCAUCAAACUGGCAGCCAAUGACUUCUUCCGGCACCACCUCUCCAAAGACGGGAGAGGGCUGAAUGUAUUUAAAGAGAUGUUGGCUGGAUGUGCUGCUGGCAUGUGCCAGGUUGUCGUCACUACUCCAAUGGAGAUGCUGAAAAUUCAACUACAGGAUGCUGGGAGACUAGCCGCUCAGCAGAGAAAACCAGGCAUCAUCACUCCCAAUAGACUGGCCACCACAAACGCGGUGCUGAGUCGCUCCUACAAUGUGAUACCCAGCACCUCACACAGGGCCAUAUCUGCCACCCAGAUCGCAAGAGAGUUACUGCACACUCAAGGCAUUCAGGGGCUCUACAAAGGCCUUGGAGCAACUCUAUUGAGAGACGUACCUUUCUCGAUCAUUUACUUCCCACUCUUUGCAAAUUUGAACAAGCUGGGUAAGCCCUCCUCUGAAGAUGCGGCACCAUUUUAUUGGUCCUUCAUCUCUGGAUGUGUUGCGGGCUCCACAGCUGCUGUUGCUGUUAACCCAUGUGAUGUGGUUAAGACCAGGCUGCAGUCUCUGAACAAAGGAGCCAAUGAGGAAACCUACAGUGGCAUAAUUGACUGUUUCAGCAAGAUCUUUAGGCAAGAAGGGCCGUCUGCGUUCCUGAAGGGUGCGUGUUGCAGGGCUCUAGUCAUCGCACCGCUGUUCGGCAUCGUGCAGGUCAUGUACUUCAUCGGUGUAGGAGAGUUUAUCAUGAGCCAGUCGCCCCUAAAGCUAAUCUCUGACUGAACAGACACGCAUACCUCGGAGUCGACCAAGACUGUGGCAGCUACACAACCAACUGUACAUUUACAAGAAAAGAUAAACAUUAAUCAAGAUGGUGAAGUUGUCGAGAGAACGACAACUUCUACUCUGGUUAAGUUCCUGUGAGUUUAUCCAGCCUUACCGCACUUCCUCUAUGGUUUACAGGCUUCUUUGAUGGGCUGUAGCCAACAUUUUGCACUUGUUUGUAAGGAUGUCUGGAGGAGAGUGCUUAUGAUGUGCUGAAGCAUAUGUGAAAGU